ACCCCGUGGCCCAUUUCUCCGGGGUGGGGAAGAGCCGAUUGUGUCCCCGUCCCCCCCAAAGGACAGCGCGGCUCCCGCCGCCCUCCCGGCGCUCUCGGCAGCGCGAAGGGCGGCUCCCGGUGCCGGGGCGGGCGGCGGCUCUGGGGAGAGCCCCGGGGCACCCAGGGGUGCCGCACCCACGGGGAGGGCAGGGCGUUGGCCGCCCCCCUCGCCCCCUCCCCAGCGCCCGCCGCCCGCGGGCGAUGAUUCACCGCGAUUUUCCUUUUAAGGCCGCGCUCGGCGGGGAGGAAGCAGAGGAGGAGGAGGAGGAGGAGGACACUCCUUGGAGCUGGCUGGCUCCUCCUGCUCUCGCUCGAGGCUCCGACGCGCAGCCAAAAGCGAAUCCCGGCGGCAGCGCUCGGCAGAGGCUCCGACGGCUCCCGGCCCCGCUGCUCGCCCAAGCGCCCGCGUCCCAGCCAUGGCAAGAAACCACCAAGUGCAGAAGGCCAAGCUGGCCGAGCAGGCUGAGCGCUACGAGGACAUGGCAGACUUCAUGAAGGCCGUGGUGGAGCACGGGGACGAGCUGUCCAACGAGGAGCGCAACCUGCUGUCGGUGGCCUACAAGAACGUGGUGGGCUGCCAGCGCUCGGCGUGGAGGGUCAUCUCCAGCAUCGAGCACAAAACCGAGGAGGGCGACGACAAGGCGCAGGUGGUGAACGAGUACCGGGAGAAGGUGGAGCAGGAGCUCAACGCCGUCUGCAACAACGUGCUGGGCUUGCUGGACAAGUAUCUCAUCAAGAAGGACAGCGACACCGAGAGCAAGGUCUUCUACCUGAAGAUGAAGGGCGACUACUUCCGAUACCUGGCCGAGGUGGCCAGCGGGGACGACCGGCUGUCGACGAUAGAGAAGGCGCAGGAGGCCUACCAAGAGGCCAUGGACAUCAGCAAAAAGGAGAUGCAGCCCACGAACCCCAUCCGCCUGGGGCUGGCCCUCAACUUCUCGGUGUUCCACUACGAGAUCGCCAACGCCCCCGAGCAGGCCAUCUCGCUGGCCAAGACCACCUUCGACGAGGCCAUGGGCGACCUGCACACGCUCAGCGAAGACUCCUACAAGGACAGCACCCUCAUCAUGCAGCUGCUCAGGGACAACCUCACGCUAUGGACAGCCGAGUGCGCCGGUGAAGACGGCGGCGAGGCUGGCGAAGAGCCCAAGAACUGAGCGUGCCCUGCCGAGCCGGGGGCCGGCCCCACCUGCCCCGCUCCAGCCCCUUCGGCAUCUCUUCGUGGUUUUUUUUUUUUGGUUUUUUUUUUUUUUUUUUAAUUUUUUUUGGUUGGUUUUGGCGGGGAGGAGUCUCAGCUCCCCCCAUCCUGGAUACCGGGAGCGGGGGUGGUUUUGGCAGGGCUCUUCCCUCUCUCUCCCCCAUCCUCUGCUCUGGGGAGGGGGAAAAGAGGGAGAGGGGGUGUCUCUGUCCCGGAGAGCUGCCAGCCCCCGGUAUUUAACAUUUUUUUGUGGGGGGGUGUCCAGUCUGGCCUGUGCCUGCUCCAAACCCCCUGUCCCAGAGGGCUGGAGCAGCAACAGGAGGAGGUGAGGGGCUGGGCCGGGGUGAGGGGGGGUCCGGGCAGCCCCCCCAUUCCGGGAGGGGGUCUCGUGUUGCCUCUG